AUGACCAGGCGCAGCCUCUCAGCCUCAUCCCCGCGCCGCUGGGCUGCAUAUAGUGCUAUAAUUGACUCUCGUGGAGAGCAGAAGCAAAAGCGUCGGGCUCCAAUUUCAAACUUCUUUGGAAGAUACUUCAAAAAGUCCCCUACCAUCAAUGUCAAAGGCGCCAUCGGAUUGCAUCUCUUGUAUUCUCCUCCAGACCCGAUUGUUGAUUUCAUCUUCGUACACGGUCUUGAUGGCGGUUCUAGGAAAACAUGGAGCAAAACAGAAUCGGACUCGCACUACUGGCCAAAGGAAUGGAUCCGUAACGAGCCUGCAUUCGCAAAGAAAGUACGAGUCUACAGUUUCGGAUACGACUCAGCCUGCGGCCCUAUGAAGAAAUCGACCUUGACCUUGUUUGAUUUUUCCCUUGAAUUGCUCUCGAGCCUGUCCAACUGUUCGUCUAUGAGGGACACAGGUGACCGUACCCGAAUAGUACUUAUUGGGCAUAGCAUGGGAGGUCUAGUGAUCAAAGAGGCAUACGUGAAUGCAAAACUAAAACAGCAGUAUAAAUCGCUAGCUGAUCGAAUCCACACGAUGUGCUUCCUCGGAACACCACACGACGGAUCUGCCUCGGCUGAAACUCUGCACAAUGUUCUAAAGGUUUAUGGUUUUCCUCGAAGAUUCGUUAAACAACUAAAACCCGGCUCUAACACCUUAUUCAAGAUGAAUUACCAAUUUAGUGAUUUCUACGAUGGUCUAAAGAUUUGGUCCUUUUACGAGACAGAGGAAUAUAGUCUCCUGGGUUCACUGGUCGUUGAAAAGAAUUCUGCUACCCUGGAAUGUGGAAAGCACGAAACUGUGCGCCCGUUGAUCGGUGACCACCGCUCAAUUUGCAAGUUUGAAUCGCAGGAGGAUCCAAACUAUAAAGCUCUUUGUGAGGCUUUUGAAGUUACCGUUCUCGAAAUCUCUAAAAUAGAUGAUGAACUCUCACAAAACCAGAUGGAAAGCCUAGAAGCAUAUCUUGGUGUGUGCGUAGAUCCCUUCGCCACUCAUCUUGAAGGUACUUGCCAGUGGUUUUUGGACAAAGAACCAUAUAGACAGUGGAAAGAAUUUGCCCAGGAUGUUCCUAGUAUACUCUGGGUCACCGGAAAUCUAGGCUCCGGAAAGUCGACCAUUGCGAGGUACAUAAUAGAACAGCUCCGCGCUGCCGGUGAGGAUUACAGCCAUUACUCCGUCAAAGAGGGAGAGUUGGACAUGAGGCCCUGUUUUCGGUCCCUCGCUUUACAGAUGGCGCGUAGAUCCCCCCAGGUUCGAGGAAAGCUUCUGGAGAUAACUCAAAAGUCUGGAACGAAUCUAGAGAAUGAAAAUUCAGACGAGAUAUGGCAAAAACUAUUCGAAUCCGGCAUAUUCAGAGUGGAACUCCACAAACAUUACUGGGUUAUUGAUGGGUUGGAUGAAUGCUCUGAUUGUGACUCCUUCUUUCAUGGGCUGCAGAGAAUCAAUCAAUCCAUACCCCUGAGAAUCCUGAUCACCAGCCGAUACAUUCCAGACUUGAAAAGGAAAUUCGAUAGCCUCAGCUCCGACCAACACCGACAUAAUAUCUCUAUAGAGGAUACUAAAGACGAUAUCAAACGCCUAAUUGAGUUCAAGAUGAAGCACCUACCUGAAAAUAAGGGUAAUGAAGCUUCUCUAAUGGAGACUCUCCUCGAAAAGUCCAAUGGCUGCUUUCUGUGGAUAGAUCUAGUAUUUGAAGAUCUGUCGAAUGCACAUAGCGAAAAGGAAGUAUCUCGGAUUCUUUCAAAGAUGCCUAAAGGAAUGGAACAUAAAUAUCGGAGGAUACUAGAGAUAAUGUUAGGUGCCACACGCGAAAAUGAUACUACCAACGCUAUUCUAGCGUGGGUAACGUGUGCAGAAAGACCACUAGAAAAGGACGAGCUUAAGGAAGCUUUACAACUUGAUAUUGAGAGCGGGAUUCACAAUCUUGACGAUUGCGUUGCCGCCCGAUGCGGCCAGCUGGUGGCUUUCGAUGGGUCUGGAAAGUUAAGGAUGAUACAUGAGGCUGCUCGAGAAUUCCUCGUUAACGAAGACUUAGACUCGGAGUUUGCGGUCAGGGAAACCGUGGCCCAUACUCGUAUUGCUAAGGCUUGUCUCCGAUACCUUACCAAGGACGAAAUGAAGCCUCCUCGAUACCCUGGUGAAGAGCGCGCUCGCUCCAAGUUCUUAAAGUACGCUGCCAUGAAAUUCUCGUGUCAUCUGGCCAAGGCUGACCCCCUUGACGGUGAUAUAUUUCGCCUGCUUGAUAUCUUUUUAUCAUCGAAUGUUCUUUCGUGGAUAGAAUUUAUCGCUAAAGACCAAGUUCUCACUCCUUUAAUUGACACAGCGACCACCCUUGCUGUAUAUACUGAUGCGCGUUCCAAACUGGAGGCGGAGCUUGACACCGCAAUAGAAAAAAAGAUCAGGGGCUGGACAAGCGACCUAGACCAUAUAGCAAAGAGGUUCUCCGAGGAUCUUAUACGUUCCCCGUCAGCGAUUUACGCUCAAAUUCCACAAUUUUGCCCCGAGGAUACUUUCAUCCGGAAGGCCACUGUAUCAGAGCAUGAGUUCUCGGUUUUUGGCUGGCCCGCUGUUGAAUGGGAUUACCAGCUGGUUAGUACGGAUGUCGAGGGGGGUAUAACUGCUUUGUGCUAUGGCGAAAAGUUUUUUGCCAUCGCUUCUGCCACUGAAACUGAUAUUGAAAUUGUUACUGCAUAUAUAACGGUGUAUCAUACAUCGUUAUUCGAAAUAUACAAAACCCUGACCAACGACGAAGAAAUAAAGUUCCUCCAGUUCAAGCCCGGAGCAAAUGAUAUUCUGGUCUGUUAUGGGACAAAACGUAUUAAAAUUUACGAUGUCGUCAAUGAUAAAGAGGUGACGAUAUUGCGUCAACUAAAUAAUGAUGAAGAAAUACUGUAUAUUAUGGACUAUUUGAUUGACGGAGAAUCACUAAUAGUGGCUGUGGAAUCAAAGACCAGGCAUCUCAAGACGUGGUCAUGGGAUUUGAGGGGCAUUCCUUACCAACACGCCAAAGAGGGAUUGGCAGGGCGACGGGAAUGGCCGCUUCGUGCAUCAUUCUCCAAGGUCAGCCGCCUGCUAGCCGUUAGCUACCAUGACCCCCAAGUGAUAGAAAUUUGGGACCUUGAUAGGAGAUAUAUCCGUGACAUACCUCUUUUGGAUAAGCCUUCCAUCACUGACAUUGUUUUCGGCCCCAGAGAACUAUUUGGCCCCAGCGAAACGAUCGCCGUACUUUUUAAGAACAAUGAAGUACUGGUUAUUGACAUUGACGGAUCAAAUACAAAGAAAAUAGACAAGAGAGAAGGACCUGUUGAGAGCCUUGCUACCAGCCCGGAUCGGCAGCGACUUGCCGUGGUUGGAGAUUCCAGUAUUGAAAUUUACGACUUCCACACUUCUAAGCUCCUACACCACGUGGAAUAUUCUCCGGGAUCCUUUGUUAGAGCGGAUGUCGAUGCUGAGCAAACACUCAGGCGAGUAGCCUUCAGCGAGGACGGAUACUCUCUAGCAGUGCUCGAGGAUGGUGCUGUCAAAUUUCGGCGCCUUCCACCUCCAGAUCAGCAAACUACUGGAGGCGGCCGACAACUCGGCCCGUCCCGCCCUGGGGAAAGGGCUAAAACUCUGGCUGUGGACAGAGAGGGAAAAUACGCAUAUUAUGCCAAAAGUUUUGGGCGGGUUUACCAACAUACUCUCGGAACUAAUGACUCCUGCAAGCUAUAUCAGCACAAGGACAGGAGUUCGGUAUAUAUCAUUUGCGUUUGGCCAGAAUACCAUUCUAUCAUCAGUGUCAGCACCAGUGAAACCGGCCCAGACGAACUUUUGGUAUGGCGUUUAGACGAAAGGAGGACGCUAUCCAAGGACAAUGUGCCUGAAUACAUCUACCAAAUAUUGCCUUGCGCGAAUGAACAAAAAUUUAUCAUAUCGGCCCGCGAUUCUAACUGGCUUUGGGACAUCAAUGCCCAGGGGGGGACUUACAUAGAAAUGCCUGAGAAUUGGGUGGCGGGACGUUGGAUACAGCAUCCGCAGUCACUGCAACACCUAAUCUACGUUAUCGAGGAUUCUGCUUGCAUUUAUACAUGGGGCGACUUUAUAAACCGAGUGAUGUUGAAGUCUCGCGAGGAAAUAACUCAAUUCUUUGGAGCUAUAGCAAAACUAGAGCGCCCAGCCUUCUCAUUCACUCUGGAUAACGAUAGGGCUCAUAUUGUUAUCCCGGUGAGAUUGUUGGACGGUAGCGACUGUUGGCAGCGACUCUAUCCGUACAGUUUUGAUCUCGUGCGCUCCUUUGACGGGACCCUCUCAAAAAUUACGUGCGUGGAGGAGAAUCCGUGGCUCCGAGUGAUACUGCUUAGCCCAGUCCUCCAGAACCACAUUCUCAGCAUUUACGGAGUUAGCAGUACCAACCAUCUAGUCUUCCAAGGUAAAAACCGCUGGCUUUGCUCUAUGGAUCUUGCGAGCCUUCGCACUAGGCCGUUGUCAUACAAAAGGCAUUUCUUGAUACCACACGAAGUUAAAACUACUUGUAUGCUUAUCUCACAAGAAGAUAUUAUCAUUUCUUAUUAUCCGGGUAUUGUGAGAAUCAAGGGCGGCCUGCUUUACGGAGAGAAAGUCAAAGUGGAGUUUUAA